AUGUUCGGUGAAACAACAGUCGUAAGAGGAGACUCAUUCCAACCCACUAAGACUCGUAAGCAGAAACUGUUGGAUAAACGGAAGCGGAGGCAGAUGACAUCAGAGGCAGCAGUCGGCCCCGAGAAGACCCAACAGAGAAAUGACGCUCCUCUCGAGUCAGAGAAGGAGCACUCCACCAAGCCUACUGCCGUCGACCCCGUCCAUGAUGUGGCCUCCUCUACUACCCCAAGUGUGGAUGAUGCCCUCAAGGCCACUAGCAGACCACUUGCUACUGCAGAGGGACACCCACAGAGGACGGUCACCAAAUCAGUGUCCCCUGGUAGAGCUCCCACUACUACUGUCUCGGCGCCCAAGAUGGUACUUCCUACUCCAUGCAUUGGUGGAGGUGCGAAGCAUGUUGGUAAGGCUCAUGGUACACCUUCUACUCCCCCUAGGGUUCAUCGAAGCAAGCCAUCACCACCAGUUGGAGAGGUUUGGCCUAACGUAUGGGACAAUGCGAGGAUAGCUCCUUCCUAUUAUCGCAUACCUGAGAAGCACGCUCCUUCUGUCACUUCAAAAGAGAUUGAGACGCCUUCUACUGGUAGAGAUGAUGAGGAAAGAGUAGCGUCCGAUCGCAGCCCGGAAGUUGGUAAGGAGGAGGAGUUGGUCAUCCCGGUGAAGGAGGAAGAGGAGGACGUCGUAGCUGCUACUACCCAUAGCUCAUCAAUGGUUACCUCGACUGUUGAUAUCCUUCUUGAGGAGAUCGUAGAGUCUGGCCGAUCUCUACCUACUGUUGCACCACCUACUAUACCGCCUCCCCCACCCCCUGUUGUGGCUCCUAGUAAUGUCUCGACUGUCCAAGCUGGUACUAGCCCCAUCAGUGAUAGCGAGUGGGGGAAGACUAUGCUGCUGAUCAAUGCCUCUGUACAAACUGAGUCACCUAUCACUCCUAAUAUCAAGCAAAGAACGACUGAGACGCAGACGGAUGAAGUCCUUACUAUGGAGUCUAGCACGGACACCCCUCCAAAUCCGUUCAUGCCUCCCCUGCCUCAGGCCGGUCUAUCGUCCUCACUCACCCCUUCUGGUAGUGGAGGUGUCCUCACCAUGGAGGGGGGUUUGUCAUCACUCUUGCCUGACUUCCCUUCCAUCGCUGGCCCACCUCCUGGUCUUUCUGGACGUGCUGAUGCUGCCGGCUUCCCCUCAAGCAUGACUGUCCAGGCGGGGACCUCCUUGACGCCGCCUGGGGCUGGUGGAGGUGUGGGUUACUAUGACCCUAUGAGGGUUUACAGUACGAUGUUGUCGUUACAACAACAGCUACAACAACAACAGCCCACCCCGUCUGUCGCUCAACCACAACUACAACAACAGCAGCCCAACUUCUGGGCAGCAACUAAUACGCCUCCCUCUUCUGGUACUCUCAUCGGCGGGCCACCUCUGGCAACUGGUACGACCCGUGAUGAGCAACCACAGGCGCAGGACCAAAGGAUGUUAGAUCGUGCUGGCAGAAGUCCAGUUCAGCAGCAAUCAUCUAACACUGGGUCGGCGGCGACUGGCAUCUCUGCUCAUCAAGCUUAUCGCGGUUCAUCCCGUUACGAUGCUAAUAGGAGUGGUAGCAUCGCUUAUCAACAAUAUGAACAAGGUCCUCCUCCAUCACAAGGCGAUCCCAGCUACCCUCUGGAGCAGCAUUACUAUCGUAGGCAAGGUGGGAAGUACCGUACCGGUAGAGAUGCUUCUGGAAGAUAUUAGUGUAGUUGGAAGCAUGGCCCAUGAUGCUAUGACUAUUACCUCGUCAUACUUCCAUACCAUUUUUGAACUAUUGAUCAUUAUCAUCAGCUGACUACUGGUAUCAGUACUACUAUCUCUGCUAUUAUCAGUGACAUCAUGCCUAUCAUUAUGCAUCGAGGACUUCAUUAUGGAUGAUCAUGGUAUCCAUAAUAGCAUUCGUCCUACUUACAGCAAAUCCCAGACAUUGCUGCUUUCGAUAGCUUUGAUAGUCCCUCAAGUUGCUGUUAGUUAUGCCGUCCUUCUUAUCGAACAAUCCUUAACGA